AUGAGUUCUUCGUAUUAUGUGAAUGCGCUUUUUAGCAAAUAUACGGCGGGGGCUUCUCUGUUCCAAAAUGCAGAGCCGACUUCUUGCUCCUUUGCUACCAACUCUCAGAGAAGCGGCUACGGACCGGGUGCGGGCGCCUUCGCUUCCUCCGUGCCCGGCGUGUACAAUGUGAACAGUGCCAUAUAUCCCGGCCCCUUCUCGUCCGGAUACGGCCUGGGUUCAGACGCCUACAACCUGCACUGCUCAUCCUUUGAUCAGAAUAUUCCCGUCCUCUGCAAUGACCUAACCAAAGGCAGCUGUGAGAAAGCCGAGGCGAGCGCCCUGCACAGCCAGGCAGAGACCAAUUUCCGGAUAUACCCUUGGAUGAGGUCUUCAGGUCCGGAUCGCAAGAGGGGCCGGCAAACCUAUACCCGCUAUCAGACCCUGGAGCUAGAGAAGGAGUUUCAUUUCAACCGCUAUCUGACCCGGCGGCGGCGCAUCGAGAUCGCCCACGCCUUGUGCCUCACCGAGAGGCAGAUCAAAAUCUGGUUCCAGAACCGGAGGAUGAAGUGGAAAAAAGAGCACAAGGACGAGGGACCUGCCGCCCCGGCCGCCACCGAGAGCGCCUCGACCACCCCCUCGGCGGGAAAAGUGGAGGAGGAGGAAGAGGAGGAGGAGGAGGAAGAGGAGGAGGAGGAAUGA